AUGAAAUUUAUUGUCAAAUCUUUUGUGAAAUACUUACUAAACUUUAUACGAGAGGGACCCCCGGGUUACGCCCCCUAUUGCGAGGACAGACUGCGGCGAACAUUCAGGAACGGGACUCGGGGUCAGCCGCCGUCGUGGCUCGAACUGCAGGCCACCAAAUCGAAGAAACCACUGAUGCUUCCGAUCACUUUCAUGGACGGCAACACCAAAACACUGUUAGCCGAUUCGGCGACCACUGCGCGCGAACUCUGCGCUCAAUUGUCCGACAAAAUCAAUCUGAAAGAUCAGUUCGGCUUCUCGUUAUAUAUCGCACUCUUCGACAAAGUGUCGUCUUUGGGCAGUGGAGGCGAACACGUGAUGGACGCCAUCUCGCAGUGCGAACAGUACGCCAAAGAACAGGGGGCUCAGGAGCGCAACGCCCCCUGGAGGCUGUUCUUCCGGAAGGAGAUCUUCGCCCCCUGGCACGACCCCACCGAGGACUCGGUCGCCACUAACCUGAUAUACCAACAGGUGGUCAGAGGAGUCAAAUUCGGGGAAUACCGGUGCGAAAAAGAGGACGAAUUGGCUAUGAUUUCAGCCCAACAGUACUUCAUUGAGUUCGGCGAAGAUAUUAAGACCGAUAAAUUGGUGUCAGUUCUCACGAACUAUAUUCCAGACCAUUGUCUCCAAACUAAUGAUAAAAGUGUGGAAAAGUGGGCGAAUCUGAUCAUUGCUGCCAAUAAAAAAAGUUAUUUCUAUAAAGAAAAGGUUUCACAUUUGAAGAUCAAAGAAGACAUCGUAGAGUACGCCAAAUACAAAUGGCCACUACUUUUCUCCCGAUUCUAUGAGGCGUUUCGAGUGAACGGUCCGAUUCUGCCUAAAAAUGAUGUCAUAAUUGCCAUAAACUGGACGGGAAUUUAUAUGGUUGACGAUCAGGAACAGGUCCUCUUAGAGCUCUCGUUCGCUGAAAUCACAGCCGCUGUCAGUCAGAAGACGAGCAGACCUUUUAUGCAAAACUUUAUAUUAAACACCGUUAGAGGAGAGGAAUUCACAUUUCAGUCACCAAACUCUGAAGACAUCUGUGAACUGAUCUCAUUCUUUUUGAAUGGAUUAAAAAAGAGGUCAAAAUUUGUGAUCGCUUUGCAAGACUAUAGAGGAGAGGGACCGACAGUGUUAUCGUUCAAUCAGGGAGACCUCAUGAUACUCGAUGGCCCUUAUGGUGGAGAUUAUGUACUCAACAAUCCAUGGGUUUUGGCCAAACUGGAGAAGAAUGGCGAGAAAGGGGACGUUCCCACUGAAUAUGUGUAUGUCUUGCCGACCACAACAAAGCCGGCGCCCAGUAUUCUAUCGGUGUUUAGUUCGGAUAAUUUGGAUGAAAACAGUCGACACCUCUUUAGUUACCCUCAAGUCAAUGGAUUCGAUGCACACGAAAAGCCGCAUACGUUAGAGGAGUACUCGAUCGACCACUUCAGGCCUCCACCCAAGUAUACUCUGCCGCGAACUCUCACAUUCUCUUCUGCCAGAAAACGAAAUGUCGACCAAUUGUGGCGACACUCCAGAGAACCCAUAAAACAACCGCUUCUUAAGAAAUUGUUGAACAAAGAAGAUCUCAUUCAAGAGAGUUGUUUCGCUUUUAAUGCGAUCCUUAAAUAUAUGGGAGACCUUCCGUCCAGACGUACCCGAAGUGGCAAUGAUUUAACGGAUCAGAUCUUUGAAGGGCCGCUCAAAUUCGAUAUCUUAAGGGAUGAGAUCUAUUGUCAGAUUAUGAAGCAAUUGACUGACAAUAAAAAUAGAUUAAGCGAAGAGAGGGGUUGGGAACUGAUGUGGUUGUCAAGUGGUCUCUUCGCUCCGAGUCAGACACUACUCAGAGAAUUGACACUCUUUUUAAGGACACGAAGACAUCCCAUAGCUAUUGAUUCAUUGCAACGAUUGCAUAAGACAUUGAGGAACGGUCAGAGAAAAUAUCCGCCGCAUUUGGUAGAGGUUGAGGCCAUUCAACAUAAAACAACUCAAAUCUUCCAUAAAGUGUACUUUCCUGACGAUACCGACGAAGCAUUUGAAGUGGACUCGAGUACCAGAGCUAAAGACUUUUGUCUGGAUAUUGCACAGCGUCUGAGUCUACGAACUGCUGAAGGCUUUAGUCUUUUUGUCAAAAUAGCCGAUAAAGUGAUUAGUGUUCCCGAAGCCGACUUCUUCUUUGAUUUUGUUAGACAUCUAACCGAUUGGAUUAGAAAAGCCCGGCCUUCCAGAGAUGGAUCUGUGCCUCAGUUUACUUAUCAGGUGUUCUUCAUGAAGAAGUUGUGGACAAAUACUGUUCCGGGAAAAGAUAGAAAUGCAGACCUUAUAUUCCAUUACCAUCAGGAAUUACCAAAACUUUUAAGAGGAUAUCAUAAGUGCACUAAAGAAGAUGCCGUAAAAUUAGCGGCACUUAUACUUAGAGUUAGGUUCGGCGAAAGCAAAGCUGAAUUACAAGCCAUUCCGUAUGUU